CGUAGCGAUGGCGCCGCCCCAGCUCCCGGCGCUGCUGCUGCUGCUGCUCGGCGCGGGAAUUCCGGGAAUUCCGGCAAAUUUGGGAAUUCCGGGAGUUUCGGGAACUUCGGGGAUUUCGGGGAUUUUGGGGAUUCCGGCGGCGCCGGCCCCGGGAAGGAACCGCGGGGAACUCCCAGCUCCCUCCCAUCGCCGCCCUCGCUCCGUGGCCGCCUCCCCGUGGCUCCGCUGGGUCCCGUUCCGCGGCUCCGUCCCUCCCGACGCCGUUUCCAGCCUCAACCUCCGCUCGGGCCGCCCCGAGUUCGUGUGUUCCACGCGGGCCCGCGGCUGCAACCUCGGCUCCUUCGACCCCGCCCGCGGCCCCUUCUGCUCCUACCCCUGGCACGAGCGGGAGCUGCGCAGCUCCGACUUCCAGCUGCUCCUAAAUCCCGGCGGCUUCGAGGCGCUGGACUGGGCGGCCGCGUCCUUCGGCGGGACGCCGCCGGGAGCCGUCGAGGGCUGUCCGCUGAUCGACCUGUUCGUGGGCCGCAGCCCCGAGGGGCUGGGCAAGGUCUCCAAGGAGCAGCAGGCGCUGUUCGUGGCCGCGGAGGGCGAGGAGCUUUGGUACAAGUGGUACCAAGUGCUCGUGGUGCGCCAAGACCCCGUCGAUGUCUCCAUCGCCGACGUUUCCUACAACGGCACCGCGGCGCUGGAGAGCUCCGAGGAUGAGGAGCUGGCCGAGGCGCCGGCCAGGAACGAAGGCUGCGAGGCGGCCUCCAGCUGGGUCACCUUGCAGGAGGCCACCGAGGCGGAGCAGGGCUGGAGCGCCGAGCUGCCGGCGCUGGCGGCCGUUCGCGGCGUUCUCCGCGCAUCCCCGCUGCUGCUGGCCGAGCCGCACGGGUGGGCUUUGGGCAACGCCACCACCGUGCCGUGGGUCGGCGGCGCCACCGUCACCGAGUUCGUGUCGCGGGCUCACCGCGUCCGGCAGGAGAUCCCGGCGCGCUCCGAGUGCUCCGUGGUUCUCCGCGGGCUCCGGCGCCGCCUCCGGGUCCCGUUCGAGGCGCGGCUGACGCGGGAGUUCCGCUCGGGCCGCCCGCACCGCGUGCGCAUCGCGGGCACGGCCUGGAGCGAAGGGGUCACCGGGGUCCGCGCCGGGCUCGGGACGUGCCGCCGCAUCGCCGAGCUGCCGCCCUGCCCCGGCUGGGGCUGAACCCCUGCAAUCCUGCUUUGCACCCCAAAAAAACCCCCACAUCCGUGGGAUUGCUCGGCUUCAGCGCGGGGAUUUCGGGUUUUGCGGUAUAAAGGUGACCCCAAAA